CUUCCGCUAUUCUAUUCUAUUACAGUGCCCCUUGAUCGGGGGGAUGCGACCCUCCUGUCCUUUGCUCAAAAUAUGGAUUCACCCGGCGGCAUUUGAUUGAAUGCCGACCCGGAAACCUUGACCCACCACUGGUCCAACGGAGCUUGAAAGGGCUGAACCAAUCGCCGUUGAAGAUACCAGGACAGGAAAGUGGGCUCAGAUUCAUUCCCUCCCCCGGCAAAAGUACAGAAGAGGGGGAGGAAAAGGAAGGGGAGAAAAUUUUGUGUGAAAAGACGGAGAACAGGAGCAGAGAAAGCAAAGAGGCAAGCGAAACGUCGCGAUAGUCUCGAACACUCCAGAGCGUGGCGGUUGUUAGUUUUUUCCCUUUUCUUUUUUGUUCUCUUCUCUCCAUCUUUUCUUUGCUGUGACGUUCAUGCUUGGAAGCCCCCCGCGCGCUUUUUUUUUUUUAAUCAAUUCGCGGGAUUCAGUGGAGCCACUGGUUCGAUUCAAGGGGGUGCGUGUGGCGAGGACAAGUGGGCUUCUUCCACCAUGUCACCGCAUUGGAUUUCAUCACGUAUGGCGUAUGCUGGCUUUCCUUCAGUGACCCCUCCAUCUUUUCUGGCCAUUAUAUUGCGCUGGUGUUGGGAGUGAUUGAAACGCGUUAGAGAGAGAGAGGGGUGCGAGGGCGAGUGCGAUUUCGCUCGACAGAGAAGGAAAGUGGGGGGAAGAGAGAAAAGAAAACUUUUUCAUUCGUCCCUUUAAACCAGCACGAGCCGUGUUUUUUCACCUUGUCUGUCUCUUCGAAGAUUUAGGCCCAUUAAUCAUGUGACAGAUUGCCGUUCAUGUGAAGUGCUGUUGACGGAGCUUGGUUUUUUACUGCGCCAGAGCUCCAUUCUCGUGCUGGGUCAGCUCGAUCUUACGCAGCAAUUCUUGAUCCUCCAGUCACAGAGUGCAGUGAAGUGAGGUGAAUUCAUUCGAGUUUGGCAACAUGCCCAUGACAUUAACAUGGGUUGCGACCACCCUCAGCCCAGGGACCAUACCCACGAGCCUCGGUUUUGUCGACUCGUUUCGCUUCUCAGAUUCGUCAAGAUUCGUACUUGGAGACAGACUGCGAGUGUUCAGCCACGGGACAAAGAAGGGUAGAAGCCAGAAACUGAGUUGGUGCUCGAUAAGCAGCCCGAGCACGGCCUCGAGCUUGAUUGCUAGCCCGGCAGCGGGGGAAGAAGAAGCUGCCGCGCCCGUGUCGUCGGAGCAGAGGGUGAACAGCGUGGUGCUGAAGCAGGCGGCUCUGGUGAGCGAGCGACUGAGGUCAAAUGCCAAUCUGGAGGUCAAACCUGAUAUUGUUCUUCCGGGAACUUUGAGCUUGUUGAGCGAUGCGUACGACAGAUGCGGCGAAGUCUGCGCUGAAUAUGCCAAGACUUUUUACUUGGGGACGUUGCUCAUGACUCCGGAAAGGCGAAGAGCUAUAUGGGCGAUAUAUGUUUGGUGCAGGAGGACAGAUGAACUUGUAGAUGGGCCUAAUGCUUCUCACAUAACGCCUACUGCUUUAGAUAGGUGGGAAUCGAGGUUGGAAGAACUUUUUCAAGGGCGUCCAUUCGAUAUGUUUGAUGCUGCUUUAUCAGAUACUGUUGCCAAAUUCCCGGUUGACAUUCAGCCAUUUAAAGACAUGACUGAAGGGAUGAGGAUGGACCUCAGGAAGUCACAAUACAAGAACUUUGACGAGCUAUAUCUCUAUUGCUAUUAUGUGGCAGGUACUGUCGGUUUGAUGAGCGUUCCAGUCAUGGGAAUCGCACCUGACUCCCAGGCAACAACAGAGAGUGUCUAUAAUGCUGCAUUGGCCUUGGGAAUAGCUAAUCAGCUAACCAACAUUCUCAGGGAUGUCGGCGAAGAUGCAAGAAGAGGAAGGAUUUAUCUGCCACAAGAUGAGUUAGCCCUGGCGGGACUUUCAGAUGAUGACAUAUUCGCAGGGAAGGUCACAGAUAAAUGGAAGUACUUCAUGAAGAAUCAGAUCAGGAGGGCGAGGAUGUUCUUCGAUGAGGCGGAGAAAGGAGUGACCCAGCUGAAUGAAGCCAGUAGAUGGCCGGUAUUGGCAUCUCUGUUGCUGUACCGUCAGAUUCUGGACGAAAUCGAAGCUAACGACUACAACAACUUCACAAGGCGGGCUUAUGUGAGCAAGGUCAAGAAAUUAGCUUUUCUGCCCAUUGCUUAUACUAAGUCUCUCGUCGCUCCGGCACGAACAUCAUCUCCUCUUAUCAAGGCAUGACCAAAUCAAAUACAAUGAUCAAAUCAGCUUCCUCAAGGAGGGGCAAAGAGAGGGGGAGAGGGAGGAAUUAGCAUGCAUCUGUACAUUUGAUAUCGAUAUACUGCAAAAAAAAGUGGUCAUAAAUUUGUAUUGAUUUGUCUUUGAAAGCUGUAAAAAAGGUGUGGAAAUUUCCCUC